AUGAAAGAAAUGUUGGGUGGCUGCUGUGUGUGCUCGGACGAGAGGGGUUGGACUGAGAAUCCGCUGGUUUACUGUGACGGGGCCGGUUGCAACGUCGCUGUUCAUCAGGCGUGUUAUGGAAUUGUGCAGGUACCCACCGGUCCGUGGUUCUGCCGGAAAUGUGAAUCACAGGAGCGAACAGCGCGGGUGCGGUGUGAACUGUGCCCGUCGCGCGAUGGAGCCUUGAAACGAACGGAUGCAGGUGGAUGGGCGCACGUAGUUUGCGCCCUCUACAUACCCGAAGUGCGGUUCGGAAAUGUCACUACCAUGGAGCCCAUUGUUCUGGCAAUGGUGCCGCAGGAGAGAUACCACAAGUCGUGCAGUCUUUGCUCGGAUUCUGGACAUGCGUCGCUUGGAGCAUGCAUGCAGUGCAAUAAAGCUGGUUGCAAACAGUACUUCCAUGUGACGUGCGCGCAAGCGUCUGGUUUGCUUUGCGAGGAAGCCGGCAACUAUAUGGACAAUGUCAAGUAUUGUGGAUAUUGCCAACACCACUACCAGAAAUUGAAGAAAGACAGCAACAUAAAAACGAUACCGGCUUUCAAACCUCCGUCCUCUCAUCCACCCACACUCUCGGACGACGACGACGACGACGAUAGUGACGAUGCGCCUCAGACCUCGACGACGAGAGGGAGGAAGUCCACGAAAAUCAAGAAACCAAUCUACACUUCAGACUCCUCGGGCGACGACGAAGACGUCUCACUUCCGCCACCGCCGCCAGCUUUAAAAACCCCGCCAAAACGAGCGGCCAAGGAGAAACCCACAGUAUACGACGACCCCGAGUUCGAUGAUGAUUCGAAUGGCGCCAAAACGAAAUUCGAGAGCAAGACUCGCGACGAUUACAAACGUAAGUUGAACAUUCACAGAGCGACUGCGAAGCAGAAGCGCUCUUCCGAGAAGAACCUUCCAGCUAUAGUGUCGAUGUACGAUUCCCUCACGAAGGGCUCGACGCAGAAAAAGUCCCAAGGCACAACAAAACGUUCAUCUACGAAGGAAAAGGAGAGCCCCGCUCCGAAGGAAAAGGAUGCCAUUCCCCCACCUCCAUCCGCCAAGCGACCUAAAACACCGAGCAGUUCGGCUGUGGCGGCGGCGACGACGACAGCCGCGGCGACGACCCCGCCCCCCUCCAGCAGCUGCUGGUCCCUCGACCAGCGCUCAACCUCCAAGAUGGCAGUAAUCGCUCGUGAGCCGAGCUCGACAGCCGUAGCGAAAGAACCGCCGAGUUCGGCGCCCGGCGCUCGUAUCAAGUACGACGGGAACCUGGUGCCGCCUCACUUACCAAAACGGCCGGAUCUCUCGAAACCUUCACCGUCAUCAGACGUCGCCUUAUCGUCGUUGGAGGCGUUCCUCGAGAAGCAAUGGGAGCAAUCAGGCAUGCUGCUUAUGAAGCACGCCCAUCCUUUCGACGUUGCGGCGUUGUUGUCUUGUCUUCACCAAUUGCGGAGCUCCAACGAGUCGAUCGAGGAUCGAAUCGCCACGAUGCAGGCUCGCAAGGAUCAAUUGCUAGCCAUCAACGCUCGACUCAGUCUGCCGAUAGGUUUACUUCACUCAACCAAUCAGCUGACGGCGUCGGGCAUGACAUCGAUCCCGGCUGCAGCUGCCCUCAGUCGAGUCCGUUCCGCAAUCAACGGUCUGCCAGCCGCGAUGAACGGCGUCGCAGCCGUCAUGAACGGAGCGGUUUCAACCAACGGUCUGCCGCCGGGUAUGAGCGAUCUACAGAGCGUCGCCGGACCAUCUUCAUCGUCUCGGACGGAGAACGGUCUCAACGGAAGUGCCAAAAUUCCCGAGAAAGAUCGAUUUCAUCCAAAUCCUCCUACGUCCCAAGCCCAAGGUGGUCAAGCUUCCGCGGGUCAUGUCAAUCCAGGCAGCUCGUCACAAGCUCCUCCAUCCGCUUCCCAUCCCCCUCCGCCUCCUCCUCAUCAUCACGGCUACAUGGGCGCUAUUAACGAGUCGGUGGCGGCGGCCAUGGCCGCCAACGGACGUCUGCCCACGUUGCAAAACUACAAUAACUAUGCAUCUCAACAUAAAAGCAAAAGGUGA